AAGUGCAUUUCCUCAUAAGACCAAUUCAGUCAAAAACGGCUGCUUCUAAGAAGACCAUUCUAUUCCCUUCUGUUUCUAUCUCCUGUAUGUAAUUAACUAGCAUAUACUAUUGAAACACUGUUCAUUUCCCACAAAUUAUCGUUAGUGGUGAUAAUUUGAGGGAAAUCCACGAUGGUCACAAAACACCUAUUCUUCUUUUCAUGCUUCAUUAUACAACUUAUACUAACUUCAAGUACUUGUCCAUCUUCAAUUUACUGCGGAUUCCUCGGAGAAAUCAACUUUCCAUUUACAACCACACAACACCCAAAUUGUGGCAUGUUAAUAAUCCAUGGUUGUGAUGACUCCGAACCACUUUCCAAAAAAACCAUACAAAACAACAAAAUUUGGUUCGAUAUUCUCGAAAUUAAACCCUACACAAUCACAAUUCGUGACGAUAAACUCCACGACCUGUUGCUACAAAGAAGUUGCGAUAUUCUAACCUACAAUUCUAUGUUCACUGUCAACACUCCUUUGGUUUCUUCUUAUUUGCAGAAUUAUGUAACCGUUUUCGGUUGCAACGAUAGCAAUACGCACGAUCUUCAACAGAUUUAUUCUGUUGCUAAUUCUACUACGAUUUGUAGGAACGAUAGUUUUUACGGUAUUUCUGAUUCGGAUAUUGUAAAGAGUGAUAAUAAAGCUGUUGUGGUUGUAACUGAUACUGGUGGUUCUAAAUUGAAUAGUCUUAAAGGAUGCUCGAAUGUUGAGCUUCCGACGAGGUCUGAGGUUCAACAUAUUGAUCCUGAUGAUCUUUUUGGAUUCUUGAGUGGUGAUAUUGCUAUUAAAAUACAAGUUUCUCAGAAUUGUUCUGCUUGUCAUGAUCUUUAUGGAGGUCAAUGUAGACUUGAUAACGCUGCCAAGUUUUACUGUCAACAAGGAAGAUCUAAAAAGACCCGUCUUAUAGUGGCAGCAGUUGCAUCUGCCGCUGGAGUACUGUUAGUUCUGGUUUUUCUAGCUUGGUUCAUGAGAAGACAGUUUUUGAACAAUAAAAACCCUUCACAUCAAAUAAUUGAGUUGUUUCUCAAAAACCAUGGUCACCUUUCUGCUAAAAGAUACACUUAUGCAGAGAUAAAGAAGGCAACAAAUUCAUUCAAAAACAAAUUGGGUCAAGGAGGAUAUGGCAGUGUAUACAAAGGAAAAUUACAAGAUGGAAGUCUCGUGGCAGUGAAAGUCUUAAGCGAAUCGAACGGGAACGGCGAGGAAUUUAUCAAUGAAGUUGCUAGUAUUAGUGUCACUUCUCAUGUUAACAUCGUUAGUUUAUUGGGAUUUUACUUGGAAGGUUCUAAAAGAGCUUUGAUAUAUGACUACAUGCCUAAUGGAUCACUUGAGAAGUUCAUAUAUGAAAAUAAAGAUCCAUUAAAACUCAAUCUUCAAUUGAGUUGUAAAACUAUCUACAAUAUUGCAAUCGGCGUUGCUCGAGGAUUAGAGUAUUUGCACAAAGGUUGCAAUACCAAAAUCUUGCAUUUUGAUAUAAAACCUCACAAUAUAUUACUAGACGGUGAUUUUUGUCCCAAGAUUUCUGAUUUUGGACUCGCGAAAGUAUGUCCUAGAAAAGAAAGUAUCAUUUCCUUAUUAGGUGCAAGAGGUACUGCAGGAUACAUUGCUCCAGAAGUGUUCUCUAGAAAUUUUGGUGGUGUCUCUCACAAGUCUGAUGUUUAUAGCUACGGAAUGAUGGUUUUAGAAAUGGUUGGGGGGAAACAAAAUAACAAUAUCGUUGAAGUUGAACAUUCGAGUGAAAUUUAUUUUCCGCAUUGGGUUUACAAACGGCUUGAACUGAAUCAAGAUCCUAGGUUGAGAAGCAUAAAAAAUGAAUUUGAUAAAAGAAUUGUACAAAAGAUGAUUGUAGUAAGCUUAUGGUGCAUACAGACUGAUCCAGCACAUAGGCCUGCAAUGAGUAAAGUGGUAGAUAUGAUGGAAGGUAACUUGGAAUCCUUGCAAAUACCACCAAAACCUUGUCUCUCUUCACCUCCCAGGUCUCCUUCAAGAUCAUCAGAUUUCAACACUCAUACAUCUCAAGAUUUGUAUCAUUCAGGCACAUCUCCCACCAGCGAUUAUCAACCUCUAAUAAUUUCCCCUUGGUAGCCCACCAUUCUCAGAAGAGAACGAAACAUUGUUGUUGUCAAAUAUGUAAAGUGUUCGAGCUAGAUUAUGUUAGUUGCAAAAUUAGUUAGAUUAAUUGUAAGUUAGUUAGAUUAGUUACAAGUUGGUUGUAAUAAUUAUUUUGAGAUCUAUAUAUAUAUAUAUAUAUAAAAGUAGCAUCUCAUACCUAUUGUAAUUAA